AUUUUGAAAAGAAAAUAAAAGCUUUGGAAAAUAAGCACUCUUUGAAGAAAAUAGAAGCCAAAUUCUCAUAACACAAACAAUACUCUGCCAGUGAUGCUAUGUCCGCCGGCCGCCGUUGCCUGAUCGGAAAUCUUCAAUCUUUAACCUGUUAUUUACCAAGAAGCUAUUUUUUUCUUCAAAUUUGUGAGCUUCUAACAGCAACCCGCAAGUUAUUUUACUCAUCUUUUGCAAUUGCACAAUCAAAUUCUGAUGAAUGAUAAAUCAAGAAAUAAAGGUUUGAUGGAUUUUUUCAAAAUCGAACCUAAGAAUCUUGACUCAAGUAUGUCAUCAUCUUCUGAAGCCAUCAUCAAUAUUCCACAGAAGAGAAGUCGUGUGGAGUUCAAUCCCGAUGAACUCGUUGUCGAUCCGGGGGUUCGAAACUAUAUUGAGAGCUAUGAUGUGUCAAUUAGAGAUCAUGUCAGGAUGGCGUACCUGUCGAAAGGUCCGUGUCAACCAUAUCGCUUUGAUUUUCCUAAGAAAAAACAAGGGAAAAACAUGAGGAGUUUUCAAGCAGUAUGGUUCAGAAAAUUUCCGUGGUUAGAGUAUAGCGAUGAAAAAGACUCCGCUUAUUGUUUGUAUUGUUAUCUCUUUGCUCGUCCUUCUUCAAGAAGUACAGCUUUUACGAGUAAAGGGUUUAAUAAUUGGAAAAAGGCAAUUGAAUCUUUUAAUGAACAUGUUGGCGGAGUUAGCAGUAUCCAUAAUAGUGCAAGAUGUGAUUGUGAGGACUUCCAGAAUCAACAUCAAAACAUGUCGCUUGCUUUGAUAGCUCAAAAUCCUGAAAUGGAAGUUACUUAUCACACUCGUUUGACAGUAGUGUUACAUGUUGUUCGCAUUCUCCUGUUGCAGGGUCUUGCAUUUUGUAGUGAUGAGUCUUCUAUCUCUUCAAACAAGGGAAAUUUUCUAGAGAUGAUGACAUGGUAUGCGGACUGUAAUGAAAGUGUGAGAAAUAUUAUUGAUAGUAAUGCUCACGAUUAUAACCAAGUGACUUCUCCCCAAAUUCAAAAGGAAUUGGUCAAAGCUUGUGCUUCACAAAUAACAUCAAUCAUGCUCACUGAACUUGGAGAUCGUAAUUUUUCCAUUCUUAUUGAUGAAGUUUGGGAUGAGUUCAUGAAGCAACAAAUGGUGGUAUUCUUGAGGUUUGUGGAUAAGAAUGGCGAGGUAAUUGAAAGGUUUCUUGCCAUUGAGACUAUUGGUGACACUUCUUUCGGCUCAUUAAAAGCAGUAUUUGCUCGUCAUGGUUUGUCUAUUUCUAAAUUACGAGGUCAAUCAUAUGGUGGAGUUUCCAACAUGAGGGGAGAAUUUAAUGACUUGAAGGAGCUUAUUCGAAAUGAAAAUCCUUUUGCCUUUUGUAUUCAUCACUUUGCCCAUCAGUUGCAUUCGGUGGUUGUUUCUGUUGCUAAGAACAUUCCGGCUGUUUGGGACUUAUUUACUUAUACAAGUAUGAUUGUCGACACAGUUGGUGAUUUUUCCAAAAGAACAAAUGCAUCUGAGCAAAAAUAUCAUGACAUCUUGAAGAAAUUAGAGGCAGAUGAUUCUUUAAUAGGGAGGGACAAAUAUCAAGAGACUAGCUUUGCAAGGCCAUCUGAUACUCGCUGGGGUUCGUAUUAUGUAACUUUAAUUCGUUUGAUGUGCAUGUGGGAUUCAGUUUUGUGGGUACUUGAAAAAGUUCAUGAAGAUGGUUUUCUUUUUGGACAUAGGGAAUCAGCCGGCAGUUUGAUAGAGAAGAUGGAAAGUUUUCAGUUUGUAUUUGUUCUGCAUUUCAUGCGUAAAAUAUUGGGUACGUCACAUGUUUUGUCAAAUAGCUUACUGCAUCGGAAUAUUGCUACUGCAAUGAACCUAAUAGAUUAUUUCAAAGAAGUGUUACAAAAACUGCGAGAGGAUGGGUGGGAUGCUUUAUUACAAGAGGUUGUCAUCUUUUGUCAGAAGAUGCAUAUCCCGGUGCCUGAUAUGGAAGAGCACUUGCCAAUUCCAGGGCGUUCUCGGCGUGUGGGGCAAACGAUAACCUAUCAUCAUCAUUAUCGUAAUGAGAUUUUUCUUGCGGUGAUUGAUCUGCUUGUUGUGGAGAUGAAUAAUAGGUUCUCUGAAACAAGCAAUGUGCUAUUAGGAUACAUCUCAUGUCUCGAUCCAAGCAACUCUUUUGCUAGAUUUGAUCAGCAUAAAUUGAUUAGUUUUGCUAUGCUUUAUUCUGAUGAUUUCUCAUCUACUGAUAUGUCCAUCUUGAAAGAUCAACUUCAGACAUACAUUUGCGAUGUGAGAAAAAGUUCUGAUUUUACUAGUUGUCAUGAUCUUGCUAGUCUUGCAAGAAAGAUGGUUCAAACUUAUAGGCACUUGGUGUUUCCAUUGGUUUAUCGCUUGAUUGAGUUGGCUUUAAUUCUACCGGUGGCUACAUCAUCCGUUGAGAGAGCUGUUUCAUCAAUGAAUAUUAUCAAAACAGAGUUACACGACAUGACGAGAGAUGAAUGGAUAAAUGAUAGGAUGGUGUGUUAUAUUGAGAGCGGGAUAUUUGCUGCGAUUGAUGAUGAAGAUAUUUUACAACAUUUUUAGAAUAUGCAAUGUAGCUGAUAUAAUGAAGCUUUUGUUUAAAUUAUGUUAUGGUUAGUUUUGUUUAGAUUUUUCUUUAUGUGAUGAGUUUUUGAUUUGGAAGUCAUGGAGCUUAACUUAAUGAAGUUUUAUAACAUUUUAUUUGGCUUCAUUUUUGUAAGAAAUUUGGUUCUCUGUACUGGCACCUCUAAUCUUGGGAUUAACAUGUUUGA